AUGCAAGUAACGCUAGACGCAAGGGCUCUCAAACCAUUCACGCGAGCUAUAACAUGUAUUUCGAAAUAUGGAGACGAGAUGAUCAUCCACGCUGGACAGGACGGACUCGUGCUAUCAGCGCUAAAUCUCCCAAAGACGGCAUAUUGUAGCUUCACCUAUAGGAAAAACUUCUUUCUACGAUAUGUUGUUUCGGUAUCAGGCCAGUCGAAUAAUGCGGGACCUUCGCGGAGUAAUGGUCAAGUACAAGCGGACGGAGGACCAGGUGCGAAGUGGAUGUUACAGACUAAGGCUCUGCUGUCGAUAUUAAAACAUCGGAACACGGACAAGACAGCAGAGAAAUGCGAUCUAAUAAUAAUCGACGGACCCCAAUCGCCAGAUUCUGGUAUAGGUGAAAGCGCGGACUCAUUCGAAAGUCGGUUCAUCGUUCGAUUACAUUGCAAACACGGGAUAGUCAAGACACACAAAUUACUACUUAAUUCUCCCAUGAGCGAUGAGGCGCCGUUAAUACCGAGCAGUCAAGAAGAGAGUCGAAUCCUUGUACAGGCACACGCUAUAAAGGAGAUUAUAGAUCAUUUUCCAGGUGGAAAGAGCGCGAGGAGUGACCCGGAGCUUGUUUGGAGGUUUGAGGAAGAUGAAGUGAAGGUUAGGAGUAUGGAGAAGGGUAUUGACGCGAAAGGCAAAUCACAGCUUGCGACGGAAUUGACGCUCGGAGCUGACGAGUUUGAUUACUAUAACGUCCCCACUGCCCCACUUACACUGGGCUUCUUCCUCCGAGAAUUCAAUGCAAUUAUCACGCUAGCGGACGCUUUGAACACGCCCAUUGAUUUCCGAUUUACCACUUCCAUACAACCAGUAUGCAUCAGCGCGGAAGCAGAUGGAUGUAAUAUGCUCUUUAUCAUCGCCACUAACCCUGCCCGAGCCGAGGACUCAAAUCAACAGCAGGCGCGUCUAAAGAGAAGUCAGACAAAUGGCAGUAGUCGCUCAGUGUCGGGCGUUCCAAGCGCGAGAAAACGUGGGCUUGAAGAGGAUACAACUACAAACAGCUCCGCACGAAUGCGCACCACGCCUCGGUCAUCUAUUGUGCAACAAAAUGGGAACGCAUCGCAGCGUGCACUUAGCACCUCUGCUCCUCGCGGCUCUGCCAACGGAGACAUUGAUUUCCAUAAUGGUACUGAAGCAGACAAUAACGCUCUAUAUGACCCUGGACUAGAACAAUCACAGCCACUUUUUCUUGCCUCUCAGCUUUCUGCUGCAGACAUCGAAGCGAUCCGCGAGUCAGGGCUUGGAAUCGAAGACAUGGAUGCCGAGGAAUUUGCGGCCAUGCUCGAUAGCGAGGGCGUAGAAGUUGUUGUGGAGAAGUCCGCUCCGACGGCUCUGGAUGCGGACAACACGGGAGAUCAGAUGGAGGUCGGCAGUGAGCGUGCCAAGGAUGAACUAGACCACGACGACCCAGACGAGGAUAUCGGAAUGGGACCGACACAGCUUGAGACUGGAGCAAGUUUGUCUUCAGAGAAGACUUUCCGCCCCUUGUUUGAGGAUUAAUCGAACGCUUCGCACAUUUAGCUUCCCACUUAGACCUGUAGCUUUAUCCAAUGCUGUGUAUCCUACGCUGUUUUUUUUCGCAACAUUUGGUAGAAUUUUCACCGGGUCUCUAAUAUGUACCAUUCCUUUCAG